CCGCCGUCGCGGCCGGCCGGGGGUCGGUGCGCUGCAAGGCGCAGAGGAGACGGAGGCAGCCGCCUCCACAGAGCAGCACCGGGCAGGCAGAGGAUGCCCGCCGCACUCCCGCCGCUGCCGCCCUACGCGGCCGCCUCCGCGCCUUCAUCUCCAUGAAUUAGCGCCGCGGGGUGGGGGCGGGGGCCGUGGUGAGCGCCCAGCGGAGCCGGCGCCCCAGGCAUGGCCAGCGCGUGCGCCGUUCAGGUGAAGCUGGAGCUGGGGCACCGAGCCCAGGUCAGGAAGAAACCCACUGUGGAGGGCUUCACCCACGACUGGAUGGUGUUCGUCCGCGGGCCCGAGCACAGCAACAUCCAGCACUUCGUGGAGAAGGUCGUCUUCCACCUGCAUGAGAGCUUCCCAAGGCCCAAGAGAGUGUGCAAGGAUCCACCCUACAAAGUUGAAGAAUCUGGUUAUGCUGGUUUCAUUUUGCCAAUUGAGGUCUACUUCAAAAAUAAGGAAGAACCUAAGAAAGUUCGAUUUGACUAUGACUUAUUCCUGCAUCUUGAAGGCCAUCCACCUGUAAAUCACCUCCGCUGUGAAAAGCUCACAUUCAACAACCCGACAGAAGAAUUCAGAAGAAAGCUACUAAAGGCAGGAGGGAUUAUGGUUAUGACAGAUGGCACAUCGUUCUCUUCAGGGCAGAGCCUGCAUCUCCCCAGCCUUCCUAGUAACUCCCUGUCUUUUUCUGAAGUGAAGAAGAAAUCAUCUCAUGGGCCAAAGGACCCUACUAAGAUUCUGAACAUAAAUAGCAGUAGCGGCAGUAGUAACAGUUUUUCAAAGCCCCACAAGUUAACAAAGGAGCACAAGGAAAAAACUUCUAAAGACUCAAAAGAACAAAAAAGUGCCUUCAAAGAACCUUCCAGGGAACACAAUAAAUCUUCCAAAGAAUCCUCUAAGAAACCCAAAGAAAAUAAACCACUAAAAGAUGAAAAAAUGGUUCCUAAGAUGGCCUUCAAGGAACCUAAAUCCAUGUCCAAGGAGCCAAAAUCUGAAAACACCCCCAUCCUUACCAUCACAGGUGGACAGCAAGAAAAGAAGACUCCUACAAAAAGGCCCUCUGUUCUGGAUUCUGAUGAACCUUCUGCAAAAAAGAGAAAAAAAAGUGUGCCAGAGUCAUUAUUUAAAAGCUUUUCUAAUGCUCCAUCACUAAUUCUUACUUGUUCAGCUGACAAAAAGCAAACAAAGGACAAGUCUCAGCUUAAGAUGGGGAGAGUCAAAAUUGAAAGUGAUACACUGGAAAAGAAGACAUCUACUCUGCCACCAUUUGAUGAUAUUAUAGACCCCAAUGAUUCUGACAUGGAGGAAAACAUGUCUUCUAAAUCUGAAUCUGAACAGCCCAGUCCUGCCAGUUCCAGCUCCAGUUCCAGUUCCAGUUUUACACCAUCUCAAAACAGCAGACAACAAGGUCCAUUGAGGUCUAUAAUGAAAGAUCUGCAUUCGGAUGAUAAUGAAGAUGAAUCAGAGGAACCGGAUGACAACGAUAAUGAUUCUGAGUUGGAACGACCUGUAAAUACACGAGGAGGAAGCAGGAGUCGUAGGGUUAGUCUGAGUGAUGGAAGUGACAGUGACAGCAAUUCAGCUUCCUCACCACUACAUCAUGAACCAGCACCACCUUUGUUAAAAACUAACAGCAACCAGAUUUUAGAAGUGAAAAGUCCAAUAAAGCAAAACAAAUCUGAUAAACAAAUAAAGAAUGGUGAUUGUGAUAAGGCAUAUCUUGAUGAACUGGUAGAGCUCCACAGAAGAUUAAUGACAUUGAGAGAGAGACAUGUACUGCAGCAGAUAGUAAAUCUAAUAGAGGAAACUGGUCACUUUCAUAUCACAAAUACAACCUUUGACUUUGAUCUUUGCUCACUGGACAAAACCACAGUCCGAAAACUACAGAGUUAUCUGGAAACAUCUGGAUCCUCCUGAGGAUUCAGCAUCUGGAUGCAUCAAAAACUGUUCUCUAAAUGAAACAUUCAGAAUGAUGCAACCAAAACGACGGAGAAACAAAACAACCUCGUUCGGUUUUAUUUUUCAUUAAAGCCAGUCAUCAUCUCUUAAUAAUGAAGAGGAGAAGUGACAAGACUCAGAGGACUGCUCUUCUCAACAAGAAAAUGCUCCGGAAGAGUUUACCUGGAUAGCCUUGAAAAUCAAAUACAAUAACAAACAGAAAACUUGGUCUUAAUGAAUGUGUAUGGUAUCAUGUAUCUCUUUGUGGUAUUCCACUCCACAAGAUGAAUGCAUGUUCAACACACUGCCUUAUUGCAUAACUGAUCUAUUUAUUACUGCAUACAUGUAUUUCAAAGUCAAUGAGUCACUGAAUGACACUACCAGAUGUUGCAAGUAGUGGUAUUCCAUGUAUGCUUUUUUGAUUCAGUCUCAUCAAAAACCUAGUAAUCUUAUUCAUGUUGAAAUCCCACUUCUUGCUAACUUUCUCUAGACAAUGAAAACACUGCAGUCUUGUUUUCAUUUCUGCACUUCCAGAAAUUGAGAUACAACGUGAGGGACCAAAUGAUGGUCCUACAUUUUGCCUCCAAUCUGCCAAAGUUGGACCAUGGCAGGUUGGACUGCAGGUCCUUGGCUCUAUCCAUUUAUUGAUAUUGGUCAUGGUAGAAAAUGCACCAAAUAGGUUCAUAUGACUUCCUGUCUAGCCUUAGUGAAUAAACCAUUAGGAUUUCUAACAAAAAAAAAUGUUAUGUAUACUGUCCUGAAACCAGAAUUUUUUGCAGUCUGCAUUUUUGUCUGUUUUAAUGUUAUAAAAUUAAUUAUAUAUGAGUGAAGGUGUUCUGCAGGAUCAUCAUAAAAGAAGAAAUACUGAUCCUGUCUUCUAAGGAAAUGUUGUAGAAAAUUCUUAAUUUGGAGCUAUUUAUUACUAUGAGUUUCUGCACUCCUUUGCUUCUUACCAUAAAACUAUUGACAUAACAUUUUUUGUUUGUUCAUGUAGUAAAUGGUCUCCUUAACCUGCUUGGGGAUUUUGUUUUUGUUGUUUGUGGGUUUUUUGUUGUUGUUUUUGUUUGUGCUUUUUUUUUUUUUUUUUUACAACUGCUAAAUUAAAAACCUUUAUUUGAAAAUAAAAAAUUGGUUGUUACACAGUUACAUGUUGAGAUAAAUAUAUAUAUCAUAUAUAUGUGUGUAUAUGUACACAUAUUCACACAUAUAUAAAUAUACAUACACACAUCUGUCUUUUACACUUCCCAGAUUCAAUAACAUGCUUGUGCUUCCAGAAGGAUUUCUUGCCUAUAAAAAUGAGGUUUUUUUCAUGCUAUAUUUUGUUCUUUAAAAUGGGAAUCCUUGUUCACGCAUGAUAAAUUAGAGGAAGUGUUUCAUAACAAAGUUUGGUGCUGUCACAUUGCUGAUGGUUUCCUGAUGAAAUUAUUACCUUCCCAAUGACUGAACACUAAAAUAAUUGCUAAAAUAAAACCCCAACUGAAAAGAGAAAAGAAGAAAAAAAUACGUACUUCUGGAUGCAAAAGUUUAUUCAGAUUUACCAGCCUUAAAAAAUGUAUCUUAUUUCUGGACAGGCCAGUAUAUGUCAUGUAUAUGCUUUUAUGCCACAUGUGCUCUAUGUAUAGUGUUGAACAGUAGCAUCUGUAUGAUUUAUUGUUUCAUGCGCACUGUUUGUGUAGCACUGUAAAACUAAAUUCCUAUUGGGGUUAUUUCUUAUUCAAAUAGUAGAUCUUAAUACUGUUUCUUUAAGUCCAAAGAAAAUUUUACACUUUACUGUUUUUGAGAGGGUGAGCUGGGUAUUGGGCUGGGGGCUAUUUUCGUAUUUAAAACGUUGUUUGACCACACUCUGCAGGAAGUUCUUCUCAGGCUUCCAAAGAACAAGUGUACUUUUUCAGUAAUGUUAUGACUCUUAUUGACGAUUGGCAUGAAGCAUACUUGAAGCAUUAUGUUGUUCUUUUAAGUCCAUGUCUUAAUGUGCAAUUGUUGGAGGGAAAUGGGGAUCAUUUUAAAGUUACUUCUAGCAUAAGGCAGGUGAUAGUUGGGAGGAGGAAGGGGUGCAUGUGAGGGGGAUUAACUUCAAUUUUUAUUAAUAUUUUAUAUGAAAAUGUUUGGAAAUCAAAAACAACCUUAACUUUUGGUCUACUAGUGGUUGUUCAACAUCCUGUCUCUUAGUUACACCAUAUACAUGUGGAAUUUUCUCCAUUUUGACUUUCCCAAGUUUCAUGUUUACAACUACUUCAGUCUUAGGGGAGUGGGAAGGAUUCUAUGGUACUGCUAGUGUAAGAAUAUUGAACUGUUUUGUUAGAAAUGGUAAAAUAUACCUUUUUACCCUUAAAAUACUGGAUAAGCUUUAAUGUUCAUUGACAAGGGUAGAAGAAAACAGCAAGUAGGAAAACAGGUAUAAGAAACUACACAAUUGUAGUGUCAAGUUACUGCUGAAUUUAAUGCAAAUCAUGGAGCAUCCAUAAACUCUUAAUUUUGUUAAUUCAAUGAGGUUGGGAGAGGGGAAAAAAAAUAGACUGAAGAGUUGUGUGUGUGUGCAUGUUGAGUUUUCCACAAAAUUCUGAUAGAAUAAGUUACCAAAUGUUGAUCUGAAAAAUACGUUAGCUAUUUUCGUCUAAUUUUGUAUACAGAAACAAAAUAAAUUCUUGUUCAAUUAAUUUCAAA